GAUUAUUUUUGGCCCAAUUUAUUGCCGAAUACUCUUGCCAAGUACAUGCAAAGUUUAGUUAACUCGUCUCUGCCAGGCUUGGGGUGAUUUUAGUGACAGGACGAGUUUGAAUUGCCCGCUUAUGAGUCGUAAAAGCCGGGGCGACCUUUUGUCAUUCGUGUCAAAGUGGAAUGUGUGACGUCACGAGUCCUAUCCAAUGCAUGCUGGCUGUGUACAGUAGUGUGUAAAUGUUUGUGACAAACACCAAGUGUGCUGUGCUGUCAGCCCCUCUACCCCAGAAGUCAGGCUCAUGUGCCUGUAUCUCGUUUAAUGAAUGGAGCGGAAUGGUGUGGAUCCUAUCAACAAAAAGAACAGUAAACUCGAAACAUUCUUGAAAAGGAACUUGGAUUCUGAUGCGUAUGACAGGAUUCGUUAUCAUGAGUCAUGUAUUGUGCUAUCGGACAAACAGCCCAAACUUGACAAGGCCUUGUGCUACGUCGUGGUGGGCCAUGACUUCAUAUUCCUGACUGAGAACCCGCCAAAGACCAUACGAGCAGAGGCGCCCUACAGAAAUGUCUUGAACAUUGAAUUGAAAAAUGACUUUCCUAAUUUCCUUGGUGGGGAAGAAAGAGAGAACACUUUACAUAUUGCAAUCACCCAUCUCGUGGAAGAUGCACCCAAAAGUAGAAAGGCAAAGAAAAGUGACUCAGAUGAUUUAGAACGCUCUUCUUUUUUACCGACUCAACUUGACUCGUAUGGGAAGUCGGACAGUGCAAUAUCCUCCUCUAAUCUCGUGACCCCUCGUGCCGGAGGCUCGUCACCAAACUUACCUCGGAAAUCGAGUAGGACCUCACCUCGCUUGCCACGACGAUGUAGUAGUAGUACUCAACAAAGUGCAACUGACGCGCAGAAACUAAAACGCAGUGGUAGUUGGGAUGAAGACCAGUUCUUGCGGUCUUUUGAUGAUGAUUUGAAUCUUGAGAGUAUUCAGUCUCCUCGAUUAGCAAACUCUGCUCCGCAUCAUGCCUUACGCCCGCCUGAUCGACUUGUUGUGCGGAGCAAUGGAAUGCUUUGUACUCCGCCGUCCCGUACCCAUAAACGGACCGGCUCUGAAAUCUCAGAUACAAGCUCCUCCGGGGGUUCAAGUGAACUCAAAGGUCUGAAUCUACGCAAGUCCAGCUCAGUCUCAGAGGAUGGCGCGGGCACCCCACGUCCUCUGCCGAGUCCGUCUUUUCAGCGGAAAAUGCCACUCCCCACUGCUGCUAGUGUACCGAAUGAUUUAGUGCUGUUGGGUGAAAAAAAGGGGAAACAGAAAAAAGGAAAAGACAAAUCCAAGACAAAGAGAGAAGAUGAAUUUAUUGCUGAAGUCAGUGAGGAAACAAAACAUGAUAUAGACAUAGUCGUGACGUCGAUGGAGCCCGAAUAUCCUGGAAUGAGGAAAUGUACCUCUGACAUCUAUAUGAUGGCUUAUAACUCACCCAUCUUGACUUUCAUGAAAAAUGCCUGGGAUAAUUAUAAAAUACGUGGCACUUUGUUAGAAGAUCCAGUUUUUGAGGCAAAUCAUAACUCAAAGAAGACUCCAGGCAUCAAAAGACGCUCAAUGUCCGGUGAGAAACUUGAUGCGCUGUACGGGCAGCUAAAGCAGGAGAUCCUCAGCUUGGGCAACAACAUGGAAGAGGUGUUCAGUCUCAUCCAUGAACUCAAGGUCGCAUCAGAGAGAAACUUUGCCAUCAAGAAACUUUUCUGGAAGAGUCCGGAUUUGUUCCAUUUCAUGGUGCGGCAGCUUCAGCUCUACCUCCCGAGCUCUCCGACAAAUAUGAGCACAGACGACGGCAAGAACCAACGCGCUGAUGAAUUGGAAUUGGUCAACUUAAUCCUCGAGGCCUUGGGGUUCAUGUUCCGUGAGACUGAAAACCUGACCACUCGCUCUGCCGCCCUCAAGCAACAGAAGGGGAAAGUGGUCAAUGAACUUCUCCUCUUGCUGACGUCUACUCCAGAGACGCCCCAACGGCACAAACCAAAGAUGUCUCGUGCAGCAGCACUUCUACUGAUGACGCCCAACGACCAGCGAAAUGCCAUCACUGAUUCUGAACUCAAUAAACUAGUUGCUGAGUUUACGAACCAGACGACCACCGUCCUCUUUGAACUGAUGUUGGUAGCUCAGCAGAACCGUGAGAAGGAUGGUAUCAACCUUAACCUGGUAAUGAAAACUCUUGAGGAAUCACAGUCUACUGAGACGUUUGUCAAGCGCCUCAUUGCCAUAGCGAUGCAUUUGUUGUCUCCGUCCACCAAGGUGGAACUUCUGCCAAAAGAAGCCGUCCUGUUAUACCAGCAAUUCUCCGUCCUGGCAACACUCACAAUGUACAGCGUAACUCUUUGUAAAUCAAUCAGGGACAACUAUUUUGAAGAAUUUAAAUACUACAUCCAGGCACCAGUCAUCAUGAACAAACUGCCCACCCACUUCCCGAUCACGAAGCCAACUCUUGCCGUCAUGGAAAAAGUCAUCUCGAAAGUUCUACAGAAGGACUUCAAGUUUACUAUGGUGCAGAGAAAGAUGUCGUCACAAUCUUUGAAAUCUGUCAAAUAAAUUAGGAAAACAAAACAACAAGUGAACUGUUGGAUAAGAAUAGUCUUUCGAUGUGAAAUUCAUGAUUGUUGUAAUCUGCAUCAUAUUAGAUUUUAUUCAUUAUUUUUGAGAUUAUGCUACUUUAUUUGUGAUUCUCAUCUGUGAUAUGUUCAGUAGUAUUUUGCAGUUUGUGAUCCUUAUUUCACAUGGCCGGGAAGAGCUAGAGGUAUUUUGACCGUUUGUUGUAUACACAAGACAGUUAAAAACCUUGUCAUGAUCUUGUUCUAAGAUGAAGCUGAUGUUUGAUGUUCGAUGUCUUGUAUUCUCAUCAAAGACAAAUUAUCUUCAAUUGCUGAUGUUUCCAAUGAAUACCGGUAAAGAGUUGUCCAGGUUGACCACUAAAAUAAAUCACCUCAAAAUGAUAUUUUUUCAAUCUCUGAGAGAGAUAUGUUAGAUUUAUUCAAUGUUCUAAGAACAUCGAGAUGUUAUGUUUGUUGGUAGUAUGUCUGUACUUUCCUGUGGUAUUUCACUGACAUGUUGCAUACAUAACCAAACGUUUGCAAUGCUAAGCUAUGGCUUUGACGUUAGGUAUUAGAAGUUAUACCUACAAAUUGGUAUUGUUUAUUUCUGUGUUUGAUACUCUAAAUGUUCUCUUGUAAAUAGAUAAAAUUCAGAUCAUUCCAUUGUUGUGGAAGUCAAGGAGUAGAGUGUUGGUUAAGUAUGACAUUGCUUAUCCUGGUAGUGGAAGGCCUUCAUAAGCUAAGAGAAUGCACAUUAAUUAAACGCUGGCAGCUUGUGACAUUUCUCUGAAGAUUUCUCCAUCCAAAUCCCAUACUCCCUGACUGAUCUCAACUCCGUCAAACUCCACCAGAUUCUUCUCAUGUUUUGUAAUGCACUUUUUGCCAGCUUUUCUACGAACACUUCAUGUCUCGAUGAAUCUAUUUUUUUUCUUUUGUGAUAGCUCUGAUGAAUGUGUAGAUAUUUUGCUAGAUGACUAUGAGACAUGAUAUGAGCAUUACUCUGAGGACUACAGGUACAUGUUCCUGUGGAUUCUUUUAAGAUGAGCGACUCUCAUGGUGAAUGACAAGGCUGAUUGUCAGCUGUGAUUGGGAAGUCAACAGAGGCGGACUCCAUAACUCCAUGAAGUUCUACUGUUUCACCGCAAGAGGUGUUUGUCUUGUUAGAGGCUAAUUGGUCAGUUUAAUCAGAAGCCUAGUUUUCUGACCAUAUUGAUCAUACUUUAGAUGCACCUAUUCUUGUCUGCAUUGUCUGUGAUAUUUGGUCAGUCUUUCUGCCAUAAGAUCAUGCAAUAAAGUUCUUAGCUCUA